AUGAAUCAAAUUUUAUUAAGAAUUUUGAAAUCUCAUGUUAACAAGCAGUCUUUUUUAGAUCAACUUAAAGCAUUCAACGAAAAGCCAAAUAUAUUAGCUGCUGUCAUCUCAUGUGUCGAUUCACGUGUUUUAACAUCAAAACUUUUAUGCUCAAAUGUUGGUGAAUUAUUUAUCGAAAGAAAUCCAGGAAAUUUCAUUUGUUGUGAAAAUUCUUCACUGGAACAUUUUAAUAAAAAUUGUGUUACACCAGGAUUUUUAGAGUUGACUUUAAUACGAUGUAGAAUUAACGACAUCAUUAUUUGUGGCCAUUCAGAUUGUCGGGCUAUGAAUUUAUUAAAUAACUUAGGAAAAUGUAAAUAUGAAAGAAGUCAUCCUUAUCUUGCUCAUCAUGAGCAUCAACCUAUCGAUGUUCAAAAUGAAAAUAAUAAAAUGACAUCAAGUCCUUUAGAAAAGUGGAUUUGGGAAAAUGGAUGUAAAACUUUACAAAAUUUUAAUACUAAAUCUGGUAUUCUCAGUUUUAAAUCAUCAUCAAUUCAUUCAAAAUGUCCAACACUUGAACUUGAUUUAAAUUCGGCUAAACAUUUAACAGAAGUUGAUUUACUUUCUCAAGCAAAUGUAUUACAACAAAUGAUACAUGUAUAUUCAUAUGAAAUGUUAACAAAUCAAUUAGCACAAAAUUUAUUACGUAUACAUGGAAUAUGGUUUGAAUUAUACUCAGGUAGAGUACUAAUAUAUAGUCGUUUAAAUAGAGCAUUUCUACCUAUUACUGAAGAGACAAUUACUUCAUUACUUCAUGAAUUAUAA